CCGGACCUCGGGUGGUACGGGAGUGGACGUUGGAUCCUUCGUCACGCGUCAGUACCAAGUUAGAUGGUAGUCUCCUCCUCUGGUCUUUUCACGGUCCCACUAUAUAAACUAAUGGUCCGGUCUGGCACGAAUGUCAGUUGACAUAUUAUUGGCGGAGUGGCCGCUACACCGGUGUGGCAUUUCUCGUGCGGCUUGACCGCGGAGGGUUCAAGAGAGGGUGAGAGAUCGCGCGACAGGGUGUGUGCUGCGUGAAGCUGCGGAGAGAAAGAGAAAGACAGAAAAAGAGAGAUAGAAAGAAAGAGAGAGAGAGCGAAAGACAGAGAGUAAGCAAGGGCGAGAGAAACGACAGGAGGACCGUAUAUUCCAAAGAAAUGUUGCUGCCGUACGUACUGCUCGUGCUACCCGUGAUCGUCGCAGCACAGCUGAGCUCGCAAGCGACGGGAACGCUGGUCCGAGAGACCAGGCGUGACAACAGCUCGGGGGAUGACGUUCUGGACCUAAUUGGCGAGAGCUUUCUGGACGUUGUUGAUACUCUUCUACCCGCUUCCAAGUUGGACGAUAUCGCGGAAGAGCGCAAGCAAAAGAAACUCAAGCUGAACAAAUACGUGCUGCCUUUGAUCGUCGGAUUUGCCCUGAUAAAGUCAAUUCUGCUGCCCGUCGCGUUGAAGGCACUGGCUGUCCUGAGUGGGAAAGCGGUCGUGCUGAGUCUGAUGAGUCUGAUACUGGCGUCCAUAGUCGGACUGAAGAGCGUCGCCCGGAAGGAGGAUAACCACGACGUCAACAAGUACAGACGACAGGACAUAUUCGAUUUCACGAGCGACGCGCAGGAAUUGGAGCCUUACAGAUAUUACAAGGAGCGACGUAGAAAGAAGUGAAAGAGGAAUUAGUAUCGAACUAUAAAACUAUUUUUUUUUCUAAUGUGGUUCCUUUAAAUUACUCUUAUUUUUACAUUAACAUAUUCGUCGCGCUGGAAAAAAAGCAAAAGAAAGAGAGAGAGAAAGAGGAGAGAGAAUGUGUGUGUGUAUGUAUGUGUGAAUGUCUUAUUUUAACAUGAAUCUAAGAGAUUAGCGAGAAGAAAAUUAAUCCUAUACAUUAAGAAGUUCUGUCAAUCCUAAAUAUGAGUAAAUUUUACUCAUACCCAGAUCAUUAUUAUUUGCUCAUAACUUUCGUAAAAAUGAUCAAAAUCUAGUGAUUUCUUUUUUAAUCGGCGAUUAAAUAGAAAAUGUCGAGAAAUAUGAAUAUAUUAAUAUUUUUACGAUUCAAUGAAGUUGAAAAAAGUUAUAACGAUGAAACAAUACGAGACAAAAUUUAAAUAUAGUAUAUAUUUUUAAAUAAGUAAUAUAUUUUUUUAAGUUUAACAUAAACGCAAUUUAAGACAUAAGACAUAUUUUUAAAGACAGUAACGUUUGAAGAGUUGGUCUGGAUAAAGUUUAUUUAUAUUUUAGGGUUAACAUUACGUCGAGUUAACGAUAAUAUUUAUUACUUGCGACACAUAUUUAUACUAAUUGUGCUUAUUCUAUUUAUUAAUAAAUUUAUACUUUAUCAAACGUAGGUAGGUAUUAGUAGAUAUCAUAAUGAGAUUGCGAAAUGUAAAUAUGAUAAGCAUAAAACAGAGCUUAUGAAGUCUGGUCACAUAACUUGGUGCUGUAAAAGUUUCCUUGAGAUUCACGUCAACGAGGUAGCGUUUUACGACGAAACUCGUUAACUGCUUCGGUACACACGACGGCACUAAACCGGGUAGACGUUCUGGGAAAGAAAUGAGCAAACUCGUGUAGACGUGACAAUGCAAUGAUUACAUUUGACUGUUUAUUAUUAUGUGACAGCGAAUAUAUAUUCGAGGUCGAACGGAAUUGCUUUUGAAGAUGAUUCAUCCCGUAUCCCGGUCACAUUUCUCCGGUAUGAUGUAAGGAGGAGAGAAAGUCUCUCCUGAUUGUAUGAAGAUCUAGCCCACAAGAGCACUGCGUCCCUCUCCAAGUAAUCGUACGAGUUGAAUUAUUCUUUCCCUUGUGUAAAUACACGUUCAAUAAAAAUUUCAUCCUCACAAUGCGUUCACACGAUGAAUGAAUUUUGUAACUGAAGUGGCAUAAAAUUAUUAUCGGUUAUUAAUUGUUUGAACAAAAAUAAAUUACUGUGAAUAUUACAAGAAAAUGCUUUUUAAUUAUUUGAUUAUUUUGUUUAAUGUCUUAAAUUCUCUCUUAGAUUUUAAAGCGUAUGCAAGUAACGUUUUUUAGUUACUCAUGUGUUUGUUAACUGGAUAUAACUGUUAUAUUAAGUUAAACGCGCGCGCGAUGGAGGGACAAGAUGGAUGCGAUAGAGGAUCCUGAGAAAAAACGAGAAAAGAU